AUGUUUGAGCAGGCUGCUGGAGUUGAGAGCGAGGAGUUGAGAGCGAUGUUUGAGCAGGCUGCUGGAGUUGAGAGCGAUGUUCCAGCAGACUGCUGGAAGGUGCUGUGCUGUGUAGAAGGCUGUUGUUCCUCCUUGCUGAGAUGGAUGGACAUCCAGGUGCUGCUGGUGUCCACCAUUGUCUUUCUGCUUCUAGCGGAUAUCAUGUGGAGGCGCAGGCCAAAGACCUUUCCUCCAGGUCCACUGUGUUGGCCUGUCAUAGGGAACAUGGUCACCAUUGACUUCAAAAAAGCCCAUCUGGAACUGUGCCGGUUUGCUGAGCAGUAUGGGAAUAUCUACAGUCUUAAAAUUAAUUCCUCAUGGUCCAUGACCAAGAUGGUGCGAGAAGCUUUGGUGACUCAAGGAGACACCAUGGCUGACCGGCCUGAGAGUGCACUUACAAUGGAGGUGUCCAACCAUGUUGGCUCUGUUUACAUGUUGUCUCCUUUCUACAGGCGUUGCACCAGCAAUGGAUAUUUAUGGAGACAACAGCGCAAGUUUGCCCUGUUUACCCUCAAGUAUUUCGGAGUCGGCAAGAAGUCUCUUGAGUCAGCCAUUUUAGAUGAGUUUACCCAUCUUUCCAGAGAUAUUGAAGAACUUGAUGGUAAACCAUUCAAUCCACACUUGCCUACAAACUACGCUGUUGCCAACAUCAUUUGCUCCCUUGUUUUUGGGCAUCGAUUUGAAUACACCGACGAGAAGUUCCAAACACUGAUGACUAUGUUUGAUAAAACUAUUGAACUUGAAGCCUCCAUUUGGGCACAGCUGUACGAUGCUUACCCGGUGGUGAGGAAACGCUUACCUGGGCCUCACCAGACCAUCAAAAAAAUCUAUGACCACGUGAAAGUUUUCCUGAGGGAGGAAAUCGAGCAGCGCAAGAAAGACUGGGAACCCUCAGAGCCAAGGGAUUACAUUGACUGCUAUUUGACUGAGAUUGAAAAGAGCAAGGAGAAUACAGCUGCUGGCUUCACCGAGGACAAUCUGAUCAUGUGCUCGGUGGACUGGUAUGUGGCCGGCUCCGAGACCACGUCCACCACCCUGCGUUGGAGCUUUCUCUACAUGGCCAAGUACCCUGUGGUCCAAUAAAUGGUCCAGGCUGAGAUAGAUAGAGUUAUUGGUCAGUCACGCCUGCCUACCAUGGCAGACAGGGCGGACAUGCCCUACACUGAUGCGGUCAUCCACGAAAUUCAGAGGAUCGGCAACAUCGCCCCAUUGGGCCUGCCCCGGUACACUACCAAAGAUGUGCAGCUCGGCGACUACCUCAUCCCCAAGGGUACCGAGAUAAUAGCGAAUUUGACAUCAGUAAUGUUUGACAAGGAGGAAUGGGAGACGCCGCACACUUUUAACCCAGGACACUUCUUGAACAAGGAGGGCAAGUUUGUGAAGAAUCCUGCGUUCAUCCCAUUCUCAGCAGGGAAAAAGAUGUGUCUCGGGGAAAGCCUAGCCAAGAUGGAGCUCUUUCUCUUCAUCACAUCCUUCCUGCAGCGGUAUACUUUUUCGAUGCCCGCCGGGGUGAAGCCUGUGAUGGAUUUCCGUUUUGGCAUAACCCUGGCACCCCAGCUGCAUGAAAUAUGUGCCACGCCACGCCAUCAGUGAAUGGUAGCAGAGGGCAGACUAUAACUUUGGUUCUCUGUACCAUCUUCUAUUUGACUUUACUUGCUGAGAAAGGGCAUUGCAGCUGGAAGAU